AAAACAAACGGGACUAAAAAGGGAAUGGGGAAUCGAGUAGAUUAGGUGGGAUUUUGAUGCGGGGGUUUAUGCUGUGAAAGAACCGCCGCUUUUCUGAAGAUGUUUUGGUGUUUGUGUGCUAAAAUGUGACACAUCCAUGGCGCGAGUAUUCCAGUGCACAGUCAAGGUGCUUGAUGACCAGGCGGAGGCGAUUGUCGUCGAUUUCAAGAAAGAUGCCAAGGGUCAGUACUUGCUUGAUGAGGCCUGCAGCAGACAGAACCUGGCUGAGAAAGAUUACUUUGGCCUUCGCUACAUUGACGGAGAAAAGCAAAGGCAUUGGCUUGACCUGAAGAAAAGCAUCGUGAAACAGCUCAGAGGCACUGGCCCACCCUACACAGUGGUGUUCCGUGUCAAGUACUACCCAGCCAAUCCUGACGACCUGAAAGAAGAGAUCACAAAGUACCAGCUAUUCCUGCAACUCCAGAAGGAUCUCUUGCAUGGGAGGUUGACGUGUACCAGGGAUGAUGCUGCCAUACUUGGAUCCUACAUUGUGCAAUCGAACCUUAGGGACUAUGACCCAGAGGAACACUCACCGGGCUACGCGUCAGGCUUUCAGUUUGUGCCGAAACAAACCGAGAAACUGGAGGGACAGAUUGAGGAACUGCACGAAAAGCAUACCAGGGGACUGAAGCCUAGCGAUGCAGAGUUUGCCUUCAUCAAGCAUGCAUUUAGUCUUGAGACUUAUGGGAUUGACCCUCAUCCUGUCCGGGAUAUCUAUGGCACUGCUCUGCACAUCUGCAUGAACCAUGCCGGUCUCUUGGUCUUCAGAGCCAACGCAGUGGUGGAGACAUUCAAAUGGGACGACAUCCGGAAAUUCAGCUACGAGGGACGGACAUUCUUCAUCCAUGCUUUAGCAGGGGAGAGACGAGUGAAUCAUGGCUUCAGGUUAUUAACGUCCGCAGCUACCAAACAUCUGUGGAAAAGUGCGCUAGACCACCAAGCUUUUUUCAACCCCAGCAGUCAUCGGCGUAGAUCUUCACUAUUAGGAUUCAGGCGGGCCAGCGAUGUCACCACCCACAGCUCAGGUGGCUUCUUCAGAGGAAGUCGAUUUAGAUUCAGUGGUCGUACACAGCGUGAAGUUCUUGAGAAGAGUGCUAGCUUGAGCAGAGAGGAGCCUAGUUUUGCAAGGAGUCCACCUCUGAUCAGACCACGCAGGGCCCAAUCCUUCAGGGACACAGCACUUCAUCCACCAACUGAGAUCACAUUUGAUGGUUUUACCCAGCUCUCAGGCUCCGACCACUCCACUCCCAUCAAGAUUACUGAGCCCUUCAUGCCCUACGCCCCGGCGCCUGCCGAAAGCACCGAUGACUCGGACAUCCAUGCCGACAGUGAGGACUUCGUGGACAAUGCCACGCCCGUCAUCGAAGAAGAGGAGCCCAUCGAAGAGCAGAUUGAAGAAGAGACGGAACAAGCAGUGAUGAGCGAGCAGGUUGUGCCGGAUCAGGAUCUGUCGAGUAAUCACGUCGAGGAGAUACAGAUUAACGCCAUUAAGCCAGAACCAGACAAGCCACGGCGGUCUAGAUCCUGGAUGCUCGUCAAACUCACCCUCUCUUGCUUGGUCAUCGUGUUAACCCUCACAGCCGUUGCACUUGUAAUCCUUUAUGAGACUGAUCACAUCCCUACCCUGGAUCCCCUCCGACAAAAUCAAUCCGUAAGAGAAUUCCGGGAGGCUUAUUACGUCCCCGUGCGUGCCUGGGUAGAGGGUGGUCUGGAACAGAUCGGAAUGGCGUACCAGCAGCUGCCAUCCAUUGAGGAGUUGAAAGAUAAAGUCGGUAUCCACACAGGCACCAGGGGAGUCUGAUCGGUCCAGUGACUGUCAGUGUUGUAGAGUACGUCACUAAUGCAUCACCAGUCUCAUCACAAGUAAAUCAUCAAUUCACAAGUCCAGUCACAAGUCACUGGGGAUGAACAAUAACAAAGGAAUUUUCUUUGUCACUCUUCAUUUGAGGAGAUUGUGAUGACUUGAGAUUGACCUGAGAUGGAAAUGUGAAGGCUUGUGAGGACUUGUCAUGGACUUGCAAUUGACUUGUGAGGACUUGUGAUGGACUU